AUGGCCAACUCAAGAGGGGAGUGCAAAGCCAUCACACUUAGAAGCGGAAAGGUUGUAGAAGAAGCAACCCCGAGCCAAGAUAACCAUGAAGAAGAGGCUGCAGAGAAGCAUGGAAACAAUAAUAAAGAAGAGAUCCCUGCCCCAUCCUCACCAAAGCCAAUCUUGAAGCCUUAUGUGCCAAAGGCACCAUAUCCUCAGAGGCUGAGGAAAGAUGGGAAGGAUAGCCAGUUCUCUAGGUUCUUAGAGAUCUUCAAAAAGCUUCAAAUCAACAUACCAUUUGCUGAAGCAUUGGAGCAAAUACCGCUUUAUGCCAAAUUUAUGAAAGAUCUUAUGACAAGAAAAAGAAACUGGGGAGAAAAAGAGACCAUAGUGCUAACUGAGGAGUGUAGCGCCAUCAUACAAAAGAAGCUUCCCCAGAAAAUGAAAGACCCAGGGAAUUUCCAAAUCCCUUGCAUCAUAGGGGAUAUCAAUAUUGAAAAAUCCUUGUGUGAUAUGGGAGCUAGCAUCAACCUCAUGACCCUAACCAUGAUGAGGAGGAUGAAGAUUGAGGAAGCCAAGCAUACAAGAAUGGCACUCUAA